UGAUACAAAAACAGGAAUCAUACCACAAAUAGGACAUCGAGCAAAUAUUGCAAGAUUACUGCUACAUUACGCCAUGUUUCCUAGGAGCUUCUGUGGUUUUUCGACUAUCAUUUAUAUCCUCUAAUUAGAUAAUUAUUUAUCAAGAAAACGUUGGAUCUUUGGGCUUCAAGACACACAGUUAUAAUUCUUGGUUUAAGAGGAUUUUAAGGAUGRCAGAACGAGAUUUUUGAAGUGGAAUAAUGCUUGCUGAAUUGAACCAAUUCUUCAAAGGACGAGACAAAAUAAACGACAAGGCUGGACUUAUUAAAAGUAGGUUUCAAUCGUAAACAAUAAACUGCCUGGCAAAAAAUGGGAGACAGGCGAUUUAGUGGUGAUGAUUUGAUGGAUUUUGCUGAUGAUAAUGGCGAGAAAACAACGGAUAAAGGAUCUAGGGUUUCUUGGUUAUCUGAACUGUCAGAAUUGGAUCAAAAUAUGCCUUCUACUACUGACGCUAAAGCUGAUAAAGCAUGUGCUUAUUCGACAAAUGAUUUUUCAAGGCCAAGUCAAGAUGAGCUGGACUCUUUACAGUGGGUAUAUCCUCAAAGUAGUUGCUCGACUAAUGGAAAAAGUGUAAAUUCUAAGAAUCCUUUUCUUCCUGAUAGACCAAGUCAGUUAUUUGUAAACAACUGUACAACCACUUCAGCACUGAGCUAUAAUGCACAAUCUGUAGCUACUGGUAGUAAUAUUAGACUUUCCCAUACAGAGGAAAACCUAUCACCUACUCAUUCUAAAAGAUUUGAUGGAUUGAAUAUUAAUAGUGAUGAUAAUGGUUAUGCUCAAGCCAGUGGAGUAACACAAAGGUCACUAACACCACCUCCUUUACCUGGAAAAUCAAAACGAUAUGUCCCCAUAAAACAGGACAAAACUUCUAAGUUUGAUGAUUCACAAGAACUUCAUAAUGAAUUCACACUAAGAGUGAACUUAGAUGAGCCGCCGAAGACUAAUACCACAGAUAACUACCUAGAAAAUUUUUCUGAAUUGCUACAAAGAGCAGACAGUAUAGGUUCUGCRACAGAUAGCAUUGAAUCUUCAAGUUCAACUCAUCCUUUUGAUAGAAUUUCUUUGAAGAGAAACUUUUCUAUGAGGUCUUUCCAAAGUAAUGAUUCCGAUGCUCCAAGCUYGGCAAGAAGUCUUCCAAAUAAACUGCCCAGUGAUAUUCAAGCAUUUGAUAAGCUGGAGACUGAGACAGAGUGUGGGAAUAAUAAAGAUAUCAAGCCUGAUUCAAUUUUAGAUUAUAAUUCAUUUGAAAAUGAACAAAACCACCCCCUGCAAGUCAAACUUCCUGACCUAGAGACCGAAGAAAUGGAGUUCUUUGGCUGGCAGCCAGUGGAAAGAACAAUGUCAGGACCACCAAAAGCACCAAGAGAGAAAUCACCCCAUCGCUAUUCCGUAGGAGACUCCCAUACAUUACAAACCCCCUCGACAAAUGCAAAAGACAGUAAAUUGGAUAUUAAUAAAAAGCCAUCAUUUGAAGGAGGCUUAUUUGAGGUUGCUAAGGAACGGGACCUUGAGGUUGUUGCAUUUGGAAAGAUGCUCUCUGAUUUGAGAAGUAUGUUUCAGUACCAGGAUACUUCUAACCGAGGCUUUGUCCUGAGCUCUGCCCUGCCUCCAAGCUUUGGGGAAGAAGCUYAUGACUUAGACACUGAAAUACCAGUUGUUAUUUACACUGAAAGUGAGAGGGAUACCAUCCGCUUUAGCACUAAUGUCCAUGUACCAGUUAGGGAAAUCAUUGAACUUGCAAUAAGUUGUUUAUCAGAUGCUACUGAUGUUACAGACUAUUCUGAGAUUUGUGGGGCAUUUCUUUUAAAAGUUUGUGGAAAAUCUGAAUAUCUUGAAGCAGAAAGAGAACUAGUUGACUAUGAGUAUGUUCAACAAUGUCUUAAACUACAAACUGAAGUAAGGUUUGUGUUAACAGAAAGUGACCGUGUUUCCAGACCACUUGCUAGGUCACAAGCGGAUGAUAAGUUAGAUUUAAUUCCCAGAACUUAUAAAGACUUUUUUGAUCUUACAAAGUCUACUGCUAUUUCUCAGUAUGGGUUGACAAUACUUAUGGAGGCAUUCCAUGAUGAAGUAGCAAAAGUUCUACAAGAAUCUACCGAUCUAGUGGCUCCUCGCUUUGAGCCAAGCCGGAUAAUUCAGUCRGUCAAAGCGAUAUGUGCCAUGCUGGCAAGCAUUGAAACUAGUGAAAUUCAUAGUGCAGUCGAUGAGUUGAUCCAGUUACAGCAGCGAAAAGAAGGCCAAAAUGGAGCACCUCUUCCACCUGACUCAAAUUCCAUUAUUUGCAUCCUCACGAGGUUGUCCCAGUCUGUGCAUAUGCUUGUCGAGAUGUACUGCGAAGCUUUUGAUACUGAAUUCACAGCUAGUAGGAUCUACAGACCUGGGUUAUCAGGCACCUUUGAAGUCACUGCAAUGACAGAGAAUCUCCGGAUUCGUAUUGCGUCGGCGCAUCGUUUGCCUUUGAACUGGAAACAGGAUUACGAGUUCUUCGAUGUAGAAGCUGGCAUCUAUUAUGGCGGAUCUCUUCUUUGUCCUGUAGAGAUUACCCCCUUGAUGAAAAUCACAAAGAAAUUCCUAGAUCACGUGAGGUGGGACGAAUGGCUUGAGUUCAAGAUCCAAGUGCGUCAGCUUCCAAGGGAGUCUCGUUUGUGCCUGACUCUUUAUGGUUUUACCAGCAUGACAAAAGGCACCGCAGUCCACACCCCUAGGGUGCCUCUAGGAUGGGUGGGGAUGCAGUUAUUCAACUUUAAUGGCAUUCUCGCCUCUGGUACUCAACUGCUGGGACUCUGGCCUGAUGCUAAAGCCAAUCCCGUUGGAGCCUGCACCUCUAACCUCUUACACCCAACGAGUGUGCUAAUCUUGGUUGAGUUCGAGAGGUAUCUAGCUGAGAUAAUAUUCCCAGAAUGUACUGUCCCCCACAGUAACGAUGAAAUCGACAUCCCUGAAGCAGACUAUAGCGUUUAUGAACAGAUUCUCGAGAAGGAUUUAUUCAAUGAGCUGAAACCCGACGAAAAGGAAGUUCUCUGGCUGCACCGUUACUACUGCCGUAACGAAUCUAGAGCACUUCCACUUGUCCUCUCAACUGUAAUGUCCUGGGAAUACAAGCAUUUGCCUGAAAUAUACCACCUUUUAAGCGUUUGGACGCCUAUGUUCCCAGUCGAUGCGAUGGAGUUGUUGAAAAUCAACUUUCCUGACUGCAAGGUGCGAGCAAUGGCCGUGAGGUGGAUGGGUAACUUUAGUGAUGACGAGCUUUGCGAUUACCUACCACAGCUAGUCCAAGCACUCAAGUAUGAGAUUUAUCAUGAUUCACCGCUGGCUCGAUUUCUUAUACGGCGGGCGCUUGGGAACGUCCGGCUUAUGCACUUGCUGUUCUGGUAUUUGAAAGACAAAAUUAAUGAGCCUCAGUUUGGACGACGAUUUCAGGUAAUCUUGGCUGGUCUGCUUAACAUAUGUGGCGAGGCACAGAGAGAGGAAUUCACUUUUGAGGACGAACUUGUGGCAGAGCUUGUAAAAGUUGCGCUGAAAGUGAAAACUGCUCGUGAUUCAAGUCGGACAAAUAUUCUUCAACAGGAGCUCGCUGCUUUGGCUGGCAGUCUUCCACGUGUAUUCCGCCUUCCCUUGACUCCCAGCAUGGAAGUAUCAGGUCUAGACGUUAAKUCCUCUGGUUACUUCACGUCAAACUCCGCUCCCUUGAGACUAAUAUUCAAAAACACAGAUCCAUUUGGCGAAAACGUCAAUGUCAUUUUCAAAAUGGGAGAUGACAUUCGCCAAGACACGCUGUCCAUGCAGCUCGUGGGCAUCAUGAGCAAGAUCUGGUUCCGUGAGGGACUGGACUUGAAGAUGAUAACGUAUCAGUGCAUGGCAACUGGGCCCAACAUGGGGAUGAUUGAGAUUGUCAGUGAUGCACAGACUCUUCGUGAGAUCCAAACAGAGUUUGGCCUGACAGGGUCCUUCAAAGACGAACCCAUCGCACGUUGGCUACUCAAACAUAACCCAGUGGAAAAGGACUACCGUAGUGCUGUUGAUAACUUCAUCGCUUCGUGUGCAGGGUACUGCGUCGCUACCUACGUCUUGGGCAUCUGUGAUCGUCACAACGAUAACAUCAUGAUCAGAAAAAGUGGCCAUCUUUUUCAUAUUGACUUCUCUAAGAUCCUUGGACAUGCGCAGAUGUUUGGGACUUUUCGUCGGGACCGGGCUCCUUUUGUACUGACGUCAGAUAUGGCAUUUGUCAUCAAUGGYGGAUACCAGCCAAGCCCUCGAUUCCAACAUUUCGUUGAUCUUUGCUGCAGGGCUUUCAAUCUGGUCCGACGACACGCUAACUUGUUCUUGAAUCUUCUGUCUCUUAUGUUGAACUCCGGGAUCCCAUCUCUGAGCAGCAUGCACGAUUUGAAGUACAUCCGUGAUUCCUUGAUGCCCAAUGCGAACGAUGCCGACGCAACGGCUGAAUUUACUCGCCUCAUCCAUUCCAGUCUUUCCUCCAUGUUCACGCAAAUCAACUUCUUCAUUCACAACGUUGCGCAKAUCCGUGAUGUUACUCAAUUCAAACGUUCCAGUGUUGGCAACUCCAACUCAGUUCUGUCCUUCGCUCCCAAGUCUUACAGCGUGGACUCGGACGGGUACAUUGACUCAGCCCGAGUGGUGGACAUCCAGAAACGCCACACCCCCGGAGAAAAAUAUUACGUUUAUGUCAUCAAUAUCUGCCGUGUGACGGACAAGAAACCUACCUUUCUGUUUCGUCGCUUCGAGCACUUCCAAGAGCUUCACUCUAAACUCACCGAUCUUUACCCAGAGGUAAAUCUUCCUAGACUUCCUGCGAAGAUUUUGCUCGGGAGGUCCCAGAUUCGUACAGUUGCCGARAGAAGACGGGCAGAGUUGGAUGAUUACAUUCGACAUCUCUUGAUCAUGCCCAGCGAGAUCGCAGAGUCAGAUGUUGUUUACACGUUCUUACAUUCUCUCUUGAUGGACGAAGAGGAAGCUUCCAAGUUUUCUAUCCAGUUGUUGCCAGAAGAGAAAGCUACGCGUUCUAUCACGGGUCAGAUCAAGCUGUCACUGCGGUUCGAGCGGGAUUCUUUACGUGUAAUGGUGAUGCAUGCGAAAGAUCUGUCUCCACGCAGUCCAGGAGGCUCGGCUGAUCCGUAUGUUAAGUUGUAUUUGCUGCCAGAUCCAGAGAAAGUCACCAAGAUUAAAACCAAGAUCGCAAAGAAAACUUUAAAUCCCACGUACAACGAGACGCUGGUGUAUAGUAAUCGCCAUAAAGCAGAACUCGGACGACGUCAGCUCCAAGUAACCGUGUGGGAUCAUGAUAGGGUUGGUGAGAAUGACUUUCUUGGCGGUGUCUUGAUCGAUCUUUCUAAAGUAGACCUCAGCAUUACUGUGACUGACUGGUACAAACUCGUGGAUCUUAGGAAGUAGAUGUUUACUGAGGAACAUGUUUGAAAUGCUAGAUUUAGGAAUAUUUGGAAAGUUUAAUGGGACAGUUGCUUCGAAGCAAUCCCCCUCCCCCUUUCCUCUCACCUUCCUCGUCAAUGCCUGUUUAUUUUAAUUAGAGGGUUGCCUGUACGGUAGCCCUAAUAUCAACCGUUCCAUUAUUUUAUUUUU